UGUAACCAGUAAAAGAGAAUCCUUUAUGUUCCUCUCUUCUCGAUCUUCUCUCACGUUCGCCUCUCUCUGGAUCAUUUCCUCCCAAAAGGAAGUUUCUUUUGAUCUGAACCGUCUCGUGUCGCUUCGUUUCUAAAUAUGGAAAUAGAAACGGAACAUCAUACAACAGUCUCUGUCGAUGACAACGACAGCCUCGUACCACAGCCCAGCUCAUCAAAGGGAAGCCUUUUAGAAGACAUCUCCCUCACUGGCCAAGCUAUCAAUCAUCAUCCAGAGCUAUCUACUGCAAGCCAAGUUCUGAUCAAAGUAGAAUUGGAUUUUGCCUUCGUCUCCGAGAAGCUGGUGAAUCUCAGUCUUCUCACUAUGCAACUCGGCUCCAGGGAACACGACUUCGAGUCUUUUGCUUCUCACAACAAAGAAGAAGAAGAUGAUGAUUUGGCUGAGAAGGCGUUGGAGUUCGAUCUCUUGUCUUCGUUUCUCAACUCAGAGGUUAAAGAAGUCGAGUCCCUCGUUGGUUUUCUCCAGAACGAGAUUCAAAACGCUCGUGUCACGAUGAUAUCUCCGUUUCAAGAUGAUGAUGGAGAUUUGGAGGGGAAGUUUCAUGACGCUGAGCAGUCUUUGGACCAGUUGAUGGACCAAGUGGUGGAGAUGAAGAAGCAAUCUAAUAGCUUUCACAAGUUAUCUCCUGGUUCAGAUGAACUUGGAAGCUGGUCUGGAGGGGGUGCUGCAGAAUCACAAACCGAUGGCGAGUUUGGUGAUCUGAGCGCUAAGAUCAAGAUGCAAACAGCUGAUCAGCAGAGAAACGUUUUGAGGAUGCUUGAGAAGUCUUUAGCCAAGGAGAUGGAGCUCGAGAAGAAGCUAAGCGAGUCUAGAAACUCCGAGUACCAGCUAGAGAUUAAGCUCUAUUCCUCCGAGCAGGAUGUUCUCUACAUGGAGGAAGUAAUCGACGACGCGUAUUCUCGGUGGCUCGAGGCGGAGAACGCCUCCGAAGUUUUCAAGGGGAUGCUAAAGGAGAUGUCUGGGAAGCUUCAGAUUCUCAAGUUCAGUCUAAGCGGCUCUUUUAAAAGGGAAACCAACUUGAAGUCCGAGCUCGUUGAUAAGGAGUCUGCUUUGCACAAGCUUGAUAGCAGCAACGGGAGGCUCGGGGACUUUCUCAUGGCGCAGACGGAAGGGUUGAAGGAGAGUUUGAGAGAAGCUGAGGAGAAACUGAUUCUGUUGAGCACUGAGAAUUCUACAUUGAGUGAAAAAUUUAGCUCUCUUGAGGAACAGCUCAAUGACGCAACGGAUCUCAACGAAGAUCUGAAAGAGAAGUUAGCAAGGGCUGAGGAAGCAGAAUCCGAAUGCCGGAAGAUGGAAGACGAGUUGGGGAGUUUCAGAGCGAAAGGCUACACUCCGGAGAAGUUGGAAUCCCUUGAGAAACACUUGAGGGACUUGGAUCAUCAGCUGGAGCUUGCGGUUGCAGCCGUUGAAGCGAGCAAAGAGAAGCAGAGUUUGUUGUACUCUACUGUCUCUGACAUGGAGGAUGUGAUCGAGGAUCUGAAAUCGAAAGUCUCCAAGGCUGAGAACAGGGCUGACUAUACUGAAGAGAAGCUGAUCACUGUGUCUGAGUCGAACGCAGAUCUCAACGAAGAGCUGAAGUUCUGUAGAGGGAGAUUGAAAGAAGCGGAGAGGUAUUUACAGCAAGCUGAGGAAAGAAAGUUGCAAACCGCUAAAGAUAUCGCACAGCAUAACAAGAUCAUGAAGAAACUGGUCUUGCAACUUGCUUCUGAACGAGAACGCCUUCAUAAACAGAUAAAUAACUUGUCAAGAGAGAACCGUGUGUUGAUGGUGAAGUUGAAGAAGGUUGGAAAGACAGGUUUUACGGAGAGUGAAAACAUUUCACCAAAGUCUGACCAGAGUUCUCUUCCUUGUUAUCAAGAAAGUAAACUUCAAGCCACCGUCACUUCACUAACUGAUCAAGAGGAGGAAGAAGAAACAGAGUCUGCUUCAGAUAUUGGAAGUGUAAGGAGAUUAGAUGCCGGAGGUCUUGGGUUCAAGCACAUUCUCUUUGCAAUCUUGGUCAUCUUCAUGUCUUCAAUGGCUUACCUAAUGUCGCAGCAAAACAUCUAAGAGUCUUUUUAACCUUUUCAUAGUCUCAUAAGCUCCAGUUUUGUUUUUUUUUUCCUCUCUUUGCAAUAAUUUACAAUGUCAGAAUAUAUAUUCUAGUUUUUUUUUUGUGUGCCUAAUAUAACUUUUUCAGAUU